CACACACACUCCACUUCACUGCUUUACUCCAGGUAGGCUACUUCGCGCCUAGUCGAAAGGACCUGACGGACCGACUGCGCGUGAAAGGGUCUGGUUGCCAUGGAGCCCACCUACUCUCUGACGGCGCACUAUGACGACUUCCAGGAAGUGAAGUAUGGCGGUCGUUAUAGCAGCGGUACCCUUAGCAAUGGGCUCACGUUGCAGCUGGGCGGCACCCUGGAGCGAGCGGGGCGGAACCAGAAGACAGCGAAGGCAGUGGUGUCUGAGAAGUCUGGUGGGUGGAGCCGGCGUGAAAUGUGUCUGCUGUCUGCACUGGUUUUUGCCGCAGGCGUGUGCGUGAUCCUGGCCUGCAUGUUGACGUUAAAGCUCCUCUCAGCUGACGUCCAAGGAGAUGCCGGUUGCCGUAGCGACUGCGUGAAGAGGCGGAGCCUGCUACGGGCUGCCAGAUUCGUCCAAUCAAACUUGGAUGUCAGCAUUCCGCCCUGCCAGGACUUCUACAGCUUUGCGUGUGGUGGCUGGCUGCGUCGCCAUUUGAUCCCGGAGGAUAAGCUGAACUACGGAAUCAUCAGCGCCAUCGGAGAACAGAACACACUUAAACUACAGACACUCCUCAACCAGCCUGUCAAGCGCACGCACACACACAGCGCAGAGAGGAAGGUGAAGGAGUUCUAUCGUUCCUGCAUCAACAUCAAGGAGAUCGACCGCCAGGGGGCGGGGCCAAUGCUGGAAGUGAUUGACAGUUGCGGUGGGUGGGACUUAUCCUCCACCUCUUCCCCAGGGUCGUGGCCGGACUUUAACGAGAUGCUCUUUAGGACCCAGGGCGUCUACAGCACCUCCGUGUUCUUCUCACUCACAGUCAACGUGGACGACAAGAACGCAUCACGCAACGCCAUCAGGAUUGACCAGGAGGGCCUAACGCUGCCAGAGAGAACUCUGUACCUUGGACAAGAUGAGGACAGUGUGAAGAUCCUGGCGGCCUAUAAAGCACUGAUGGAGCGCUUGCUGAGCAUGCUGGGAGCUCAGAACGCCACGCUGAAGUCACGAGAGAUCAUCGAGCUGGAGACACGCCUGGCCAACGUGACCGUGUCAGAGCUGGAUGACCAGAGGAAAGACAUCAGCAGCAUGUACAACCGCAUCACACUGGACCAACUGCAGACCAUGGCCCCAGGGCUGCACUGGAGGAAGCUUCUUGAGCGGAUAUUCCAGCAGAGUUUCUCGAAAGACGAGGAGAUUGUGGUGUUGGCUACCGACUACCUACAGAAAGUCUCUGACAUCAUCAAAACCACCUCCAAAAGGGUCCUCCAUAACUACAUGUUGUGGCGCGUGGUGGCAGCGCUAAGCGAGCACCUCUCCACGGCGUUCCGCAGCUCCAUCCAUGAGUUCUCCAGGGAGGUGGAGGGGGGCGAGCGGCAGAGCGAUCUGCCCAGGAGCUGCCUCAACCAGGCCAACAAACACUUCGGCAUGGCCCUCGGAGCCCUGUUCGUCCAGGAGUACUUUCCCGAUCAGAGCAAGGCCAAGGUCCAGGAGCUGGUGGAGGAUAUUAAGCAUGCGCUGGACGUGCGACUACAGGAACUGGACUGGAUGGACGAACCAACCAGAGAAGCAGCCAGAGCUAAGCUCCAGAGUAUGAUGGUGAUGACUGGCUAUCCAGACUACCUUCUCAAGCCAGAGAUGAUCGAUCAGGAGUACGGGUUUGAGGUGAGUGAGAAGACGUAUUUCCGGAACAUCCUGAACAGUAUCAAGUACAGCAUCGACACCUCCAUCAAGAAGAUACACAAACAGGUGGACAAGACAGCGUGGCUCCUCCCUCCUCAAGCCCUGAAUGCAUAUUACCUCCCCAACAAGAACCAAAUGGUCUUUCCUGCAGGUAUACUCCAGCCCACUCUCUAUGACCCUGAGUUUCCACAGUCUCUUAACUAUGGAGGAAUAGGAGCCAUCAUCGGACAUGAACUCACACACGGAUACGAUGACUGGGGUGGCCAGUAUGAUCGUCAUGGUAACCUGAAGCAGUGGUGGACUGACGCCUCCUACAGGAAAUUCCAGCAGAGAGCAGAAUGCAUCAUCAAGCUCUACGACAACUUUACUGUCUAUAACCAGAGGGUGAAUGGGCGUCUAACACUAGGGGAGAAUAUAGCCGAUCUGGGAGGACUGAAGCUCUCAUAUUACGCGUACCAGAAGUGGAUUCGGGACCAUGGACCAGAGAGACCCUUACCUGGUCUCAAAUACACACACCAACAACUAUUCUUCAUCGCUUUUGCACAGAACUGGUGCAUGAAGAGGCGGACCCACUCCAUAUAUCUCCAGCUGCUCACUGACAAACACGCUCCCGAACACUGCAGGGUGAUUGGCAGCGUGUCCCAGUUUGAGGAGUUUGGUCGUGUGUUCCACUGCCCUCGCGGAGCCCCCAUGAACCCCCCCAACAAGUGCUCUGUCUGGUGACCUCUACAUGACCUCUGACCCUUCUACACGACCUUUCACCUACACACAACCCCUAAACCCCUGCCUGACCUCUACACGUCCUCAAGAACCUCUGUGA